CACAAAUCACCACACUACACCAUCAUUAGCAAGUGGUGCUAGCUACAUGUUUAUGAGCCAUAGUGAGGGUUUCCAUGACAACACAAACAGUGAAGUGGUUUGGGACGCAGCCUGUAGUUAAAGGGGUGGUGUAAAGGUGUGUAUUCUGGCUUUGUCCAAAUUCUGCUUCUAUCUUGCCUGCCCUCAUUUGUAGACUUUGGCACAGUUCAAGUUCAAGUUUAUUUGUAUAGCACAUUUACAAAGGUUGUGUGAGACGAUGGUGUUGAGUUUACUGACGUGUGUGUGUGUGUGUGUGUGUGUGAGAGAGAGAGAGUGAGACAUAAUCCAAACCCAGUUUAACAAUAUGACCGUUCAGUUUGUAGAGAAGAAAAACAAUGAAGUGCCAAAUUCAGAGCACGCGCGCGCAUGUGUGCGUGUGUGUGUGUGUGUGUGAGAGAGUUCAGUAUUUUUGUACACAAAGUGACACGAACUUAAAAAAAAAAUGGCUGAAUGAAUGUUGAAAUGUAAGCAGCUCUGCUGGUCAUGUGGUGCAAUAGUAAUGGCACCCUCAUCACAAAGGAGUGUCUGUUAUCUCCUGAUGGAAAGAGUUAACAAUGAAGCAGAAAUAAAAUGGUGUGUGUGUGUGUAAGCGCAUCAACUUAUUACAGUUUGAAGGAGUGUUCACAAUACUCAGUAGUCUUAAUGUGCCAACUCUCCUGUUCUGUGAGUGUGUGUGUGUGUGUGUGUGAGAGAGAGAGAGAGAGGGUGAGUGUGUGUGUGUGUGUGUGUGUGUGUGUGUGUGUGUAUAUAGCUACUUUAAAAAUCCCAGAUUGCGGAGAUUCAGUGCAAAGUUUCCUAAACAUUUAACAGAGAUGUGGUGACGAUAAUUAUUAAGGCUGUGUGUGUGUGUGUGUAAGCUCCACCUUCAUGUUCUCUUCCCUCUGCAUCCUUUCUGCCUUGAUUAUGAAGAUAUCUCUAUUUUUUGUAACUGUUUCUCUCAGAUGUGCCAUAAAUCAUGUUUUCUUGCACACUGUUAAUAUUUUGUGGAUUUAAAAAGUUGCUGUUUAAAAAUGAGAAGGAAAAAAAAGACUAGUGAAUAAAGAUAAUGUCACUCUGUG